AUGAGUGGCGCCUCCAUCGGACACCCAUUGGCCAGGUGCUUGCGUUCACCUUUCAAUCGCUGGCCGCCGAAGCUCCGUCUUAAGAGUGGCAUGAUGCGGUACCCGGCAAGUAAUGACCUAGGAGGUCAAAUACCUGGGCCUGUUGGGAAAAAUCCCCGAACUCUCCGUGAAGACCCGCCGGCCUCCAAUUAUCGACCACUCGCACUGGAAACGAGAGCCGAAAACACACAAGACACGAUCCCCAUGCUCGCUGCCAACCAGGCAUCACUCGUUGACCGAGGCAGCGGCAGUGAUGAAGAACCGCAUUCACCAUCCACCGCAGCAGCGGUGCGCAGCCGGUUGAGCCGCGGCCGAGGCAACAAUUGUCAAUCGUCUAAGGGAAGCGAAAGCACACGAGCUGGCCGGGACAACAAACUGACCUCUCGAAAAGACGGGCAAUCUACACGCCUACUGCACAAUUGCCUGCAUGCGCGGCAUGGUCAACCGAGACCAUCUGGAUAA